GUCAAGUUCUUUCAUUCGGUCCUGCACACUAUUUUGAGUUGAAAUUUUCUUUUUUGUUGAACGAAAAUUACAAAAUUUAAUUAGAAAUUAAUUUUGAUUUGUUGUUUCCGUUCCGUAAGAACAUGUGCAAGAUAAAGGUGACCCAAAAAUUUCUAAGCUACUCUCCCUAGGCUUCCUUCAAUACUAUGGCGUCAACAAACAAAUCCUAUGCAAAUCGCUACUUACAGAUAUUGCGAACUGUGUCGGAUAUUAUCUUGUCAAAACGACCGCAAAAGUUAAUACCCUUCUAUUGGCUGCUCAAGCUCGUAAAGACAUACUGUGCCGGCAUGGAGCCAAAUUUCCGAUUACUUCCGAUACCAAAACGGUUCUACGAAUUUGUGAUUAAAAAUGAGUUUUUCAAAUCCGACCACUACCUGGCCGUAUCCGAUGAUGUCUUCCACAAAUUUGUUGGUUGCAAGGACUUGAACUGGGUGAACUUGAAUUUCGGUAAUGGUCAACGAAGUGCAUCGUUCGAAAUGGAAAAUGAUGCGCAGAUCGUGUCCACCAUUCUAAACAAACCCAAAUGUUCGGUGCUCGUGCCGGUCGUACAAAUAGUCAGCAAGCAAUGUCAACCGAAUUGUGUGUUCGUCAGCGAAAAUUGUUUCCAGAACUUUGUGGCCAAGUAUCGCCUGAAGGACGAACCAAUUUACGUUUCAAUCGGAGAACUUCAGAAUGCACAAAGUAUCUGCCAACUAGCCACAAGAGCCACAAUAUUCAUCAUCAAUAAUCCGCACGACAUAUCCAACGAUGUGAUUGACGAAAUUCUUGGAUGUUACUUCCAAAGUCCUCGGAUUCUCUACCGCAAUCAUACAUACGAAAUUAUCGUCGACGACACGCUGCUGGGCACAGCCGUAUACGCCAAAUAUUUUCACAUUUUUUCGAAUUUGAAAAAGAUCUUCUUCCGCUGCGUUCAUCUCGAAUCGAAGGACAAUCCAUUCGAGAUCAUGGCGGUGGUGGUGAAGGGAUUGACUAGCGUACAUCAAACGACCAGCAUCAAUUAUAUCGUACCGAAGCAAACGUUACAUGAUCUGUGCAUCAUAGACACAUGUCCGAACGGAUUACGAAAAUAUUUCAACAAUUUGCAGUCAUCGAUUCGACCGUUUAUUGACACAACUGGUAACAAGGCCGACUCAUUGUCGUCACAGAAUGUUUUCCCAGUGUUUUUGGUGCAUGGCGACCGGGGAAGUGGAAAGAAUACCGUCGUCACAGCUGUUGUUCAAACUUUUGGUAUUCAGACGUUUGGUGUUGAUUGUGCCGAUGUUGUGUCGCAAAUACCCGCACAAACCGAAGCUAAACUUAAGUUGGUGCUGAGUAAGGCAAAUGUUUGCGAACCUUUGGUCAUUUGUCUGCACAAUUUUGAGAUAUUUGGCGUGGACAACGAAGGACAUGAAGAUCUUCGAUUAAUAACAGCAUUUCAGAACGAACUUCACAAUCUGUUCGCCAAGGAACGACAGUUCCCAGUCAUUCUGAUCGCUAUAAGCAGCACUAACGAGCCCAAACCAAUAAUCCAACGACUGUUCCUGGAGACGAUAAAAUUCAUUCCGCCCGAGCAAAAUGAACGCUACGAAAUUCUGAAAUGGUUGCAUCUGAAGGAGUCCACGGCCGAGCAAAUAUUCGAACAGAAAAUUGAGAAUAUUCCGCUGUGCGACGUCAAUCAAUCGGACAAAUAUUUCAAAAGAUUCAUCAACGACGAUCUGCAGAACACGUUGCACACGGUGGCGAACAAAACUCAAGGUUUUCUGUACGGAGACUUGAUUCUCCUGUACCAGAACACUGUCAGACAAUCGAAAUUGCAACAAUCCACCAGUCUGACCAUGCAACACUUCGAGAUAAAUCUGGCCCGAAUGCAAGCGGAUUUCUCCGAUAGCCUUGGCUACAGUCCGAAGGUGCCGAAAGUUUUAUGGUCAGACAUUGGUGGUUUGGCCAAAUUGAAAGACGAAAUACAGAGCAGCAUCGGUCUACCGUUGAAGCAUAUGCAUUUGAUGGGGAAAAAUAUGCGAAGGUCUGGCAUCCUAUUGUACGGACCACCGGGUACAGGGAAAACACUUGUAGCAAAAGCUGUCGCCACCGAAUGUAAUUUGAGUUUCCUGUCCGUGCAAGGACCAGAACUGCUCAAUAUGUAUGUCGGGCAGAGUGAGCAAAAUGUUCGAGAAGUUUUCGCCAGAGCCCGAUCAGCCGCACCUUGUGUCGUAUUUCUAGACGAAUUAGAUUCGCUAGCACCGAAUCGUGGAAUGGCUGGUGAUUCUGGUGGCGUUAUGGACCGUGUAGUAAGUCAACUGUUGGCUGAAAUGGAUGGAAUGACGACAGACGACGAACCGCAAAAGCAAAUUUUCAUUUUGGCCGCAACGAAUCGACCUGACCUAAUAGAUCCAGCCCUGUUACGUCCUGGUCGCUUUGACAAGCUGCUGUUCGUGGGACCAUGCACAACACCUGAUGAUAAAAUUGCAGUAUUAACGGCGCAGCUAAAAAGAUUUACACUUGCCGAACAAUUGACCAUCAAGUCCAUUGCUGAAUUGUUGAAGCAAGACAUGACCGGUGCUGAUCUGUAUUCAAUUUGCUCAAAUGCCUGGCUGUCAGCCGUCAGACGUGUUAUCACACAACAUAAGACUGAUUCCCAACCAAAACAAAACGGCAGCAGACCUAAACACGAAAAACGAUUGCGAAAAUCUAAGAAAAAUGAUAAAUCGAAUCAACCAACGUUAAUGCCGGAAAAUAUUGUCGUUAAUAUCGAUGACUUCAAGCAAGCCGCCACCAAUUUCAUACCAUCAAUUAGUAAAACGGAUUUAGAAUAUUUCAACAAAUUAAAGUCCAACUUUAGUCCAACGAAUUAGUUAUCGGAUAUGAACGUUUGACAGGUAAUUGAGUAUCCCUGUGAAGAGUCUAGAAGUGUGUGUACAAAGUGAGACGAACCGGCCAAUCCGGCAUGUGACUGGAAAUUAUUUUUAUAAGAACAAAUGUGCAUCAGCAGAAAAGGAGACUGUGCCAAAGAAAAUCCUUUUAGGGGAUGGGGUUGAUAUUAGAUAGAUAGAUUGGUUUUUAAUGAAGUGUUGCAGUUCGAGUUUUUAAGGCAUUUUGUUUAGAGGAUUCAUCGUGAUUUUGUUCUCUUUUUAAAUUAAAUGAUCACUGUCUUCACGGCGUUUCUGGUGAUUUAUGCGACUUCCAGAGU